AUGGCCACCGACGCUGCACCAUCUGAGAAGAGGGCCGACACGCCCGUGCCCCGCCGCACGAUGCUUGACUCUGCCGUCCACGUCACUCUGAAAGACGGCCGCACCCUCGUCACUUACCGCGCGGGCGACGCCGAUGCGGCCGACCUUAUCCUCUUCGAGUCCGGAGCGACUACGGCGGGCGCGUACUGGGGUCCCACCGUCGAGGCCAUCGAGGCGCAGGCCGCUUCGGCUGGCCGUUCAGUCCAAAUCGUAGCCUACGACCGUUCCGGAUACGGCGACUCUACUCCCUUCAGCGACUGGCGAACGCUCGACGACAUGGCGAAUGACCUCGGCGAACUGCUCGACCAGCUGUCUUUCGAGCGCGCGGUCCUGGCCGGUCACUCAUGGGGUGGGCCCAUCUGCCGUGUCGCGGCCAGUCGUAGGGACCUGAGUACGGUCGCCGGUAUCGCCCUCGUGGACGCAACCGACGAGCACUGCGAGAACUACUACACAUGGUACCUGUGGUGGAUGUUCUGGGCGCGCUCGUGGCUCUUCCAGCCCUGGGCCAUCAUGGGCACCUACAGGCAGCGGAAGGAGGGCAUGCUCGCCAAGUUUCCCGAGCCGUAUCGCGCCGCAGCCCUCGAGGCGGGCACGACGUACCAUGCCGCCCGCGCCAGUGCUUAUGAGCUCAGCAAGAUCCCCGCCCAGCUCAGGUGGCUCCUCGACAAUCCCGCGCAUACUGGCGAUAUCAACGUGACGGUUAUCUCGGGACAGAAGAUGCUCACACCCGGAAGCAUGAGGGAGAAGAUUACGAAUGCGCACAAGGCGAGGGCGGAGCGGAUGGGUGAGCUCGGCAAGUAUGUCCCCGCGCAUAACUCGGCGCACAACAUUCCUAACGAUGAGCCGGAGCUUAUCGCCAAGGAGUGUCUUGCCUUCUUUGGCUACUAG